CACGUACACCAUCGACAAUAUACACAUAAACCCACAUGUCUGACAAUACUGAGGGGUACUGGGACAUUAUUGUGACGUCUCUCCAAGAUAUUUGUAAUGCCAACGAGGCUACGUCAUUUGAUGGGAAGUAUUCCAAAUAUGCUUCCAAUGGAGGACUCGAAGGUCUUAGCCCAACUGAACUUCAAUCAUUACAACAAGAGGUGAUGGAACAUAAACAAAAUGUUGGUACUGCCCGCAGACUAGUGUCAACAUCUCAACAGAAUCUACAGACAUUAUUGAAAAAAUUGGAAGAACAAGAGUCAAUGACUACGGCAGCAGCUACAAGUGCUUCGCCAGCAUCUCCAAGAGCCUCUAUGGUUAACACUAAUGCUUCUCCGGAUUCCGUGACAAGGUCCAAACUGGAGUCAACAAGAGGCUCCAAGGUAUCGAAUACCGGGAAAUCUGUUCCAGACAACUAUACACAUAACUCAACAUCUGGUGUUGCUUCUUCACCAGCUGCCGCCCGUAAGAAACAGAACAAAAAGGCUGGUCGACUGUUUUAUACCUCUGUAUACAACCCUUCGGAACCGAUUUUAGUGGGGUCUGAAGUUGCAUACAAACUUAAAAACCGUCAUUUUGAAGAAUGGAUUCAAUGUGAGGUUAUGAGAGUGAUAGGAGAUGGAAACAAAUUCGAAAUUCGUGACCCUGAGCCUGAUGAAAACAACAACCCCGGUCAAACCUUCCGGGCCAAUUAUAAAGAGAUUUUAUUGAUCCCACCAAUGGCUGAAGUACGCGACUUGGUGAAUUAUGCAUAUGGAUGUAAAGUAUUGGCGCGGUAUCCAGAGACAACAACUUUCUACCCUGCAGUGGUUGUGGGGCACCGGAAAGAUGGAACAGUUAGACUUAAGUUUGACGGUGAAGAAGAGGUUAACAAGGAGACUGAAGUCGAACGUCGUUUAGUUUUACCGUUCCCCGAGAAGUAGUACGCAUACCAGCAGUUGAGAACUUGAAUACAAGUGAAUAUGGGAGACGAAGAAUUACAGUUUUGUGAGGUAUUAGAGUAUCAACUACUGCUCUAUGGGGAACCUCAGAGAGACAGAAGAAAUGUUUUUCGUUUUUCUCUCUUUAAAAACCACACCUCAUAUUAAGUGUUAAUAUCAAGAGAAAAGAAUGCUAUAAAUCUACAGCUAAGUACGAAUACUUGCAUUCUCAUUACCUCUCCACAAGAUAUUUCCUCCCCAUUGGUUGCGUUUUAGACCAAAACCUAC